CACAUGUCAUAAUUUUUAUUUAUAAAACAGAGUGAUUUGUCAUAGUGCUAGGAUGUGUAAAUCGUGGUUUUAGUGCCAAAAUGUUAGACUUUUUCGCAACUUUUGGUUUGUUUUAUUUCACAGUGCUAUUGUUACCUGUACUAGGUCUUAGUUACUGCGUUUUGGGCAUCAGUCACAAACUCUGGCUCUUUGGAAUCUCAAUCCUCCACCCACAAGUCGAAUUCCUUAAAACCACCACCGUAAGAACGCUACUGGACACCCACAGAAAUCAAGGGAUCAUCUCGGUGCUUCUCAGUGUCAAAGGUCAAGCACAACCAGAAGCCAUCAGGCGCCACCUGCAGGAAGUCGUACGCAGGAGAGACAAAUCGGGGAACCUCACCUUCCCCCGACUACGCCACUGUUUGGUGGCCCGGUGUGGUACCUAUGCUUGGGAAAGGGCUAAAUUCGACCUUGACCAAAACAUCACCGUUGCACCCCUAAGUUACAAAGGACGUUCUGUCACUGAGUACAACAUUCAAGACUAUGUUAGCGAGAUCGUGUCGAAGUACUUACCCCAAAAUACUCCUCCAUGGCAGGUCAUUAUUAUUCCAUCCAGUGAAGACCACCACUACGUACUUUUAAAAUUGCACCACGUCCUUUUAAACGAUGGAUUAAACAUCGGGGAUCUUCUUCCGCUAAUACCACCAACAAGACAAGUUCCCGGUACCUUCACGUCCAAGAGCCCGCUAGUAGAGGUACUACCGAAACCUGUGGCAAUCCCUAAACUCAAACAACGACUAAGUGAAGAAAUUUCCAACUUCUGGAACGAAUUCGUCUCGAAUUAUGACCCUCUUGAGUGUACCGAGCUUCUGAAAAGUACUCCAGGGGUUUUCCAGUUUCAAGCAAUCCUUCUUGUGGCUUUAGUUUCAACGGUGAAGGAGUGUCGUAAAGGGUUUCGAGUCAUCCGAAAUGACUAUCUCUCGAGGGGUAAAUUCGUGGUGCGCACUCUUAAACGAGAGUGCAAGAAAAGAAAAAUCACACCUCUAACUUUAACCAAGUCUGUUUUAGUGACUGCGGACCCUCGCAACGCUCUCAAAAUUCUAGCCAAACUUUUAAAGUCCGUUAUAAUUUUUCCUUUGCAUUUCCACAUGGUACUGUUUCGUGAAAUGGGUGCCCUUUUCAACUGCAUAACGCAGCAUUAUUGUGAAUAUAGCGGUACUCUCGUUGGUACUUUGUACGAUUACGUCCCAUUGCUCUUCGGAUGUUUGCGAGAACUUUUCUUCUACACUGUAGUAAUAGUGAAGGCUCCUAGAACCAUAAUCGAGGAUAUUCUCCUCAAGAAGGAGUCUUUCCAAACUAUUACUCUGUGUGGUCGAAAAUCGGUAGCAUGGUCAGACCCAGUUAAAAUCGAAUUCAUUCGUUCCAUUUCCAAAUCGACUGGAGCUUCGGAAAUUGAGAUCAUGCUAGCGUCUAUAUCUGCUUGCAUUUCAAGGUACUUUAUCCACACGAAGCACCUCAUCCCGGACUCCCUCCCGGUGAGUCUGCGCAACAUUAAUUCAAACUACAUUUUCGGUACCGGGCCGUACCUCAAACCGGAGGACUCAGUCAGCGGGAUUCUUUGUGUAAACUUACCCAUUCUAGACCCUGAGAAGGAAGUUUCGGUACUCGAAAACUUAGUCGAUAUCAAAAACAACCUCACAGGUUCGUUACAAAAACAAGGUCUUUCACACCUUCUAAGUCUGUGUCAGACCAAGUUCGGUUUUUUGACCAAAAUUCUACCUUUGUCGCUUCUGGGAGUCUAUCUACGGUACUUGUCGAGGAAAUAUGCCGUCUCUGUCACGGAACUGACCAGUCGGUACCCGAACGUGAGCCAACGCACCCUCUGGGGACAAGAAGUCAGCAGCGUCAUCUACUGGAGGCCACCGCAAGCCAAUUCGAGCGUGUCGCUGUGUCUGAACGAGUACGCCGAUCACGUGAGGCUGGGGGUGAUGUGCGAUUCGCAGUUGGCGCCCCACCACCCGAUCCUAGCCAGGGGGUUCCCCGAUUACAUCCAAGAUAUAGCGCGUUCUGCCGGAGUCACGUUCAAUCAAUAAAAACUGAAAAAUA